UGGAAAUAUGUGAAGUUGGGUUCUCUAGCGCUUGGGUAUAGAAAAAUAUAUAGAUUAUUUACUGUAAUCAGACAUUUAGACAUUGUCAUUGGAGAAUCAUGUUGCAGCCUGCCGUGAUUUUUGGCUUGGGUUUGCAUGAGGAAUGAUUCUUUUGCAUUAUUGCCUGAUAUGUCCGAAAGUGUACUGAUUCACUCACUGUGUCUCACUGUGCAGAAAAGAAUUCCGCUGUUUGGUGGAUGGGGGUCCGCCUGGCGCCGGCAUCGCCGGUGGUGUCUCUUUGGCUCCAGCGAACUCCACCCCGAUCUCGGUUUCACUGUGAGCCUCAGACGCUUUGUUCACUCGGCCCAUCCCGCGCAAGCCAUGGGGAACCCUGCGCUCAGUGAAGAUGCUGUGAGCACCGGCGCAGUGGCAUGGGUCUUGACCUCCGCAGCCUUGGUCUUUUUGAUGACGGCGGGGUUGGGUUUCUUCUACGGCGGUCUUGUGCGUGACACCAACAUUAUCAACACCAUGAUGAUGAGCGUGGUGUCUAUGGGCAUCGUGUGCAUCACUUGGGUUGUGUUUGGCUUCUCCUGGGCCUUUGGCGACAAUGGCACCGGCGGGAUCGGCUACUUCAUCGGCAACUUCGACUACAGUUUGUGGAUGAACUUGGACAUGAAGAUGUGGGGCGACUCCGGGCUUCCAGGCCUUUGCUUCGCAGCUUUUCAGAUGACCUUUGCCAUCAUUGCUUCAGCCAUCAUUUCGGGGUCCUUGGUCGAGCGCAUGCGCUUCAGUGCUUAUUCCAUCAUGCUGGCCUUGUGGUCGCUACUGAUCUAUGCUCCCCUUUGCCACUGGGUUUGGGGCUCAGGCGGCUGGAUUGCCGAGAUGGGAGCACUGGACUUCGCAGGUGGUACCGUGGUGCACAUCAGCAGUGGCGUGAGCGGCUUAGUGGCCGGAGCCAUCGUGGGCCCGCGCCGGCACGUGGACAAGGAGCUGGGGGCCGCCAACGCGCCCUUCGUGAUCCUGGGCGG